GGCGUGCCUCCGCGGGUCGUGGUCUUUCUGGGCGCAGAAAUCUUUUACGAUGUUCGUCCACUCCCACUCAGUUGUGUGCCAGUUCUCCGUCGGCAGUCUGGAAGGUGCAACCACUGCUUGCUUGUGCCCUACAGGCCACCCCUCGACCUCCUGGAAGCAUACUGCAACAUGUUGGCUGCCGAUGUAGCUCGUGAGCAUGUCCAGCGCUGCGUCCACAUUGGCCGCCGCGAGCCGCCGCACGUUCCAGCUGAUGAUCUGGGGACCCUUGCCCGCACACGGCCUGGACGUCUGGCCAUUCUCACGAGCACAUUGUAGACGAAACUCAAAUUCAACAUCAACAACGGGAACUCUGAAUGCUCGAUGUUGGGGUCCGCGUGCUGAAUCCAGAGCCUGUUGCGCGCCGAUGCUGGCGUUGCCCUGCCGGCGCGCGCCAUGCGCGAGUGGCGGUGGACCCGCAGCUUCCGCCAGCCGCGCCCCAGCUCCUGGGCUCCGCGGGCAACGCUGACCUGGUGAUCGGAUGGCAGCAGAGGGGCGCGGGACAAGACAGUAACAGGCAGGGGGGUCCGAGGGGGGGGCAGGCAGCGCUUGAGCCAGAAUGGCUUCGGCUUGUGAGCAGAAGGGGGACCAGGAAAAAGGAGACGGGAGGUGAGGAGGGAGGAGGGGGGAAGGAGGAGGAGGAGGAGGAGGAGAAGCGAGGAGCGGGGGGAAGGGUUAGACUGGUGGUCGUCGCGAGGGCCUCCUGGAUGUCCUAUGCUAAACGCCAGGGGGUGCAGGAGGGUUGAGCCACGCCCGCACCUCGCGCUCUAGCGCGGCAGAGGCUUGAGGCCUCUUCUCGUCCUCCUCUCUCCC